UCCGAACUUCGAGCGGCGCGCGCGCAAACACGCGUUUCAACUGUGAAAGGCCGCAUGACUCAUACCUAACUAAACUAGUAAUGAACGAGUACGCCGAAUACGAUUGGAAACUGCAUCAGAUGCAAAAUGAACGGCUCUGUGAAGUGACUAGAAAACGACUCACAGACGGUGACAGACAACGGGCGCUUUUGGGCCUAAAAGAGGCGGUGGAUUCGAGCCUCAACCUCGCCCUACGAGACAAAAGCCGAUGUCAAGACGACAAUUUUUUGAGGAGAUUUUUGUACGCGCGUAAACACGACGUACAACAGAGUUUCGAGCUUUUGGUUCGUUAUCAUCAAUAUCGGCGGGAACAUGACGAGCUGUGGGCUUCGGCAGACGGGGGCGUGUUACGAGCGCUCGCCGACGGGUUGCCGGGUGUGUUGGCACAACGGGAUAGACGCGGGCGUUGUGUGCUCCUCGUGUUCGCCUCGAAUUGGUCUCCUCAAGCAUGCUCAUUAAUUUCAGUCUUUAGAGCUCUGCUUCUUACCAUUGAACGCACACUGGCGGAUAUCCAGAACCAAGCCAACGGAUACGUAAUUAUAGUGGAUUGGACCGAGUUCACCUUCAAACAAUCGUGCAGUUUACAAGCUAAGGUAUUGAAAAUGAUGAUUGACUGUUUACAAGAUUGUAUGCCGGUGCGGUUUAAAAGCAUUCACUUCAUCGGACAACCUUGGUAUGUUGAGACCGCUCUCGCCGUCAUAAAACCGUAUCUCAAAGCGAAGACACGGGAACGAAUAGUUUUACACGGUAACAAUUUGUCUACUCUCCAUGACGCUUUACCUCUUGAUAUCUUACCGGCCGAACUUGGAGGCGAAGGUCCGUCUUAUAAUUCAGAGCGUUGGCUCCAAGAGUUUUGUCGAAGUGAAAACAUUCCUACGACACUUACAACACCAGUGACAGCUAUAACAGUAGAGGACGACCUUCCAUCGGCGAAGCUAAACAAAGCCUAUAUACAAAAGGACAGUGCCAACUUUUCAUAUCAUGCUAAUGAGAAAAGUGCUAAAUCGGAGUUGCUACGUGAUAAAGAUUGACCUUAUCGGAAGCAGUGUCCGUGCAUAGUUAUAUAGACAGCUCCCUUCCUGGGCACGCCACCGGAAUAUCGAUACGUUUCGCGUGGUUCGGUAUACAUCAUGUGAUAUCAAGUGUAAUUUAUUUAUGUAUAAUACGAGAAUGCGCCUCGUAAAAAAAUGAAGUUUAAAAUAAAUUGGAUUAUCCGUUUGUAGUUUAACGGUAAAAUGCAUUUAUAUGGGCUCGGAUUAGGACGGUUUUUCUAGUUGGUUUAGUGAGAGUAACGAAUUCACAGCAGACAUCGCGGUCGGUUUGUCUUUGUUGUGUGGUGUAAGGAAUGAGUCAGAUGCAUUGAUCGGAUGAGUGGGUGUUGAUGAGACCGGAGCAUCCUCCACGUCCGGCUGGCAUCGAUGCGCCCGCACGUAACGGUGCACGCUCUCAUUUCGACGCGCAUCCGCUCACAACGAUCGUGAGCAAUUUAAUAAUUCCGUCCAUGUUUGAAUAAUAUUAAAUGUGAAAUUAUUACAUACGACCAAACCUUAUAAUAUUUAUUAUAGAUCGAAUACAUAAAAACAUGCUUAUCUUAUUUUAAUUAUAUUAAAUGUAGUUGUUUAAUGAUGAACUGUUACGAUGCAAAAUAUACGAAAGCUUCACAGUAAGCAUAAACUGUGAGAUGGUACCUAAAAUUUAUGCUCUGAUGGUUUUUCAUGUGUAAGUACGUACGUAAUAAGUUGUACUACUCGAUUUGUUUUUGAAAAAUUAUCGCAUAACGGGUUUAAUCAAUUGUAAUAUUAUUCGUAAACGUCUUACGAAAUUACCUUUCAAUCAAAUAAGCAAUGAAACUUGAAACAUUCAGUGUGACAUUUGCAAACAGACAAAACAUAAAACAAUACCAAAACAUCAGUUCCAUCUAGUAUUGUAAGAAUAAAAUGAUAAUUACUUUAGAAUAUUUCAUUUAAAUUAUUAUUUUAAACUUUAAAUAAUUACUCUUAGAUGCAUUAAUCAUGAGGCUUUCUGCGCAUUUACUAUCAAAUAGUCUGUUUAAAUGCAUAUUUACGGUUUUUUGCAUAUGCGUGCUUGCGAUAAAAAAAACUAGUUAAGGACUCUAGACUGCAUAAAGCUAAAACGUUGUCUCUCAAAUGCUAACUUAUAAUGCGAUAUAAUGUUUAUUUUUCACGUUUGUGAUCUCAUAUAAUAUUAAAGAACUCAUCACUGUUUGGUCGUGGUUUCAUCGUAUCAAUAUUGACAAGUGAAUUUAUCGUUUUCGUUCAUUCCAAACACAAUAUUUGUCUGAAUUCCCGAGCGUCUAGAUGUAGACUUUGAAACAAAACUAAGAUAUUGUCAUUGAAACUGUUUAUAAUAUUGUACGUGUUAACAAAGAACGCAUGUGUACUUAAAAAAUUAUAGCAUAAAAAUUAACUCCAAAGUGCUCCUUACUUUAUACUUAAAUAAACAAAUAAGACUUGUUUACAUAUGAGUCGUCUAUUAACAAAGGUGGCAAUCUGUGCAUUUGG